AUUAAAAAAAAAUCUUGUAUACCAGAAACAACAAAUCAAAACCCAAUCUCUCUGUUCGCAGGGAGGAUCGAUUCGUGCUUCCGAGAAUCAUAUUGUGAGAGAGAGAGAGAGAGAGAUAACGAAGAUGGACGCCAUGAGGAAGCAGCUCGAUGUGCUCAUGGGAGCGAACCGAAACGGCGACGUGACGGAGGUGAAUCGCAAAUACUACGACCGCGAUGUUUGUCGUCUCUACCUAUCUGGUCUCUGCCCUCACGAGCUUUUUCAAUUGACGAAAAUGGAUAUGGGUCCUUGCCCAAAGGUGCACUCGCUGCAGCUGAGGAAAGAAUAUAAAGAAGCAAAGGCAAAAGGUGUUGACAACUACGAUAGGGAAUUAGAAGAUGCGAUAGACAGGCUUAUUGUUGAGUGUGAUAGAAAGAUUGGUAGGGCCCUUAAGCGUCUUCAGGAAGAGGAUGCCAAAGCUGCCAUUGCGAUUUCAGUCACCGAAGUUACUCAGUCACCUGAAAUUCUCGAGCUAUCGAAGCAAAUCAAAGAGAAGAUGAAGGAAGCAGACCUGCAUGAUCUUGAAGGAAAAACGGAUCUGAAGAUUAGAGCUCUUGAGUUAGUUGAAGAGAUGAGGACUAAGAGAGCUGACUUACAGGCUGUGCUGCUGUUGGAGGCCUUCAACAAAGAUAGGGCAUCCCUGCCACAGCCCAUCCCAGCUCAGCCGCCAGCUGCAGCAUUACCUCCGCCUGAUCCUCGUACUCAAGAGAUGAUCAAUGAGAAAUUAAAGAAAGCUGAAGAGUUUGGCGAACAAGGAAUGGUUGAUGAGGCGCAGAAAGCACUAGAAGAGGCUGAAGCUCUGAAGAAGCUUACGGCUAGGCAAGAACCUGUAGUGGAUUCAACCAAGUACACAGCUGCUGAUGUGCGCAUUACAGACCAGAAGCUGCGUCUAUGUGACAUAUGCGGAGCAUUUUUGAGCGUCUAUGACAGUGAUCGUCGGUUAGCUGAUCAUUUUGGAGGGAAGCUUCAUUUGGGUUACAUGCUGAUCCGCGACAAAUUAGCAGAGCUGCAGGAGGAAAAGAACAAAGUUCACAAGGAACGGGUCGAAGAAAGGAGAUCAAAGGAGAGGAGCAGAGAGCGAGAAUCAAGUAAAGACAGAGACAGAGGAGAUAGCCGUGACCGUGGAAGAGAUCUUGACCGUAGGAGUAGGGAUCGUGACAGGCACCAUGACCACCGUGAACAUGACAGAAACUAUAAUCAGUCACGUGGGUAUGAUUCAAGAAGCCGGCGCAGUUCACGGUCCCGGUCUAGGGAAAGACCGAGGGAUUAUGAUCGCCGCAGACGCCAUGACCGCUACUAAGACGCCAGCUGCCAGAGACGGUUGCAGCAAGUUUAAGAGGUUUUCACAGAUGCGUUUAGGAUCAAUCUGGAGUUGCAAAACACUCAUUUGUUUUUCUUAUGUGUUCUAAGAUUUUUGAGAUUGUAAGUUGCUAAGUUUGUAAGAAGAGCUUCUUCGGAUGUUUUUUAUUCUCCUGGUUUAUCUUUUGUUAUAAAUGUUGACUUCAAAGACUCGUGAGUAAAAAGAUUGUGAUGAUUACAUAGCU